UUUCUGAAACUGAAUGUAAUGAAGAUGUGUUUUUUAAGAUUUCGUCUCACUGUGGGAGGUCUCAUAAGCUUUAUCCGUGUGCAGAUGUUAGGUCUAUGCAUUAUGAGCCUUAUUAUGAUUCCGGUAAUUUUGGUGAUAAAGAGUGUUGUUUUUGUGGGGCUUUAUUGUUAAACACAGAAGUUAACGAGGCUUUUCGCCAGAAAUAUAAAAAAAUUACUUCUUCUUUUUGUUGUAAGUGUGGUUUAGUUACUCUUCCGCCUUAUAGUCCACAUCCACAACUUUUAAAAGAUUUAAGUAAUGGUGAUUCUCAAGAUUCGUUAGAGUUUUUGCAACACCAGAAUAUAUAUAACUCAUUAUUGGCUUUUGCGUCAGUUUAUGUCGGCCAUAGAGAAUCAAAUCUUGACGGUGGAAUUUGUUUUCUUCUUAACGGAGAGUUUGUUCGUAAACUUAGCUCGAUCACGCCUGGUAAUAAUGGCCCUUCUUUUUCACAAUUAUAUAUUUUGGAUGCAAAUACAGCCUUUGAAAAUAGGGUUAAUAAUGUUUCUUAUGGUGGCGAUAGAGUAGACCAGGAAACACUUAGAAAUUUAGAUACACUUUUGCGUCAAACCCAUCCUUUGGCAACUAUUUAUAAAAAUUUCCAUACUCAAUACCUGGAUAAAUUACACUCGGAUGGUCUUGAUUCUGUUAAGUUUUAUAGGCUUGUAUUGUUAGAAGAAAGGGCUGCGCCUGUUAAUGUUCGAGAUCCUUCUGAUCAUCCUAGGCAAGUUAAUCUUCCUACAGAAGAGACUUUAUUUUCGAUUUGUACUGAAGCCGACGAAUUACCACAAGUUAAAGGUAUUUUUAUAACAGAUCUUGAAGGUCAUUUGUUUACUUUUGCUCCUAAUCAUCCUUUAACAGACACAUUAUGUUAUCCCAUUCUUUUUCCUUGUGGGGAUGAUGGUUAUCAUGCAAAAAUACCUUUGAAUAAAAAUAAUUUAAAUACUAUAAACGAUGCUUCGUCUGAUGAUGAUGUUGAAAAUUCUGAUAAAAAAAAUAUUUCUGUUAGAGCUUACAUUAAAUAUCGCCUUGCUUUGCGUAGAAAUGAAGAUUACCAUAAUAUUUGGAACGCAGGUGGCGGCUUGAGUCAAAAACUUGUACGAUAUGGAUUUGCGUGCUACAUAUCCUCCAGAUGCUCUUAG